UCCAGCAGAAGUCGGUGAGAGAUGAACGAUGGCGUCUGUUUUAGAACUGCUUCAUGAAACGCUGGACAACCUGGAAGAAGACAAGCUGAAGAGAUUCAAAAGCAUCCUGAGACAUGAUGGACCAAUUCCAGUUUCUAAACUGGAGAAGGCCGAUGUCACGGACACGGUGGAUAAAAUGUUGGAGUGUUUUGGAUCGGAAGGAGCUGUGAAGAUCACAAUAAACAUCCUGAGAAAGAUGAACCAGAAUCAGUUGGCUGAACAGUUGGAGAUGAAGCACAAAGAAGUGAUUCAAAGAGCCCAUUUAAAGCCUGUAGAGAAGCAAACAGAGUAUUUUGCGCUGGAUGAAUUCUUCAAAAAUCAGAAAUCGAACAUGUUUGCUCAUUGUUCACAGAUUUUAAAAGAGAAAGAGAGAGAUAGAGAGAGAGACAAAGAAAUAGAAGCGGAGAUACAGAAAGAGAGAGAGAGAGACAGAGAGAGAGACAGAGAAAGAAAGAGAGAAAGACAGAGAGAGAGAGAACAAGACCGAGAGAGAGACAGAGAGAGAGAGAGAAAAUGAAUCAGCUCCUCUACAGAAAAAAUGAUUUUAAUAUCUGAAAUAAAGUACUGCACAGGUCUCUCUAAGAAAACAUAUCUACAGUAUGGUAAUAAAUCAUCGUCCCUGUCAACUCAUUUUUUAUCUCUUGUAUCACUACACACU